AACUAAUCCCACUACGCCACUACGCCAGUCAUGGAUGGCCCAACUUAAUGGCAUCUUCCGUCAGUGCACACAACUUAAAGCAAAUAGUGUUGUAGUGCUGAUUUAACUAAUGUGUUAGUGGAGGCUAUAAAUAGCUCUGCCACAAGUAUUCCUGAGUUAAUUAAUAUCACACUCACCAUAAAGCUUUUUUUCGAAAAGGAAGACAAAGCAUCCCUCGCCAUAUAGUUCUUGCUAGUUCACUUGACUGUGUUGAUCAAGAGUGUAGGAUGGACUGGAAACCUACGGUGAUGAUGAUGGCGGUGGUGAUCAUGUAUGCGGUGUUGAAUGUGCUGACGAAGAUGGCUUUCAAUGAAGGGAUGCACACCACUGUCUUCAUCGUCCUCCGCCUGCUCGUCGCCGCGCUCUUCCUCUCCCCGAUCGCAUACUUCAAAGAAAGGAAGAGUAGACCUAAGCUGACCAUGGAGAUAUUCGUGUACCUCUUCUUCAGUGCCUUGCUCGGAGCCUCUCUGAUCCAGUGGCUCUUCUUCCUCGGCCUGCGGUACACGACGGCCACGUUCGCGAGCGCGUUCAACAACACGACCCCCAUGUUUACCUUCCUCCUCGCACUCGCCUUCAAGGUCGAGAAGAUCGAUGUCGCCAGCCGAUCCGGCGUCGCCAAGCUCACCGGCACGGCCGUGGGGCUGGCCGGAGCGACGGUGCUGGCACUCUACCAAGGGCCGACACUGAUGGGGGUGGCGUCGGGGGACCACCUGGCCGCCGGUUCCACCCAUAGAGACGGCGGUGCGCGGAGGUGGGCGGUGGGCUCGGUGGCGCUGCUGGGCUUCUCGGCGAGCUGGUCGUUGUGGUUCAUCCUGCAGUCCAAGAUCGGGACAAAGUACCCGGCGCUCUACUCCGGUACAGCGUGGAUGUUCGUGCUCAGCUUCAUCCAGAUGGCCACCGUCGGGGCUGCCACCGAGAAGAUGAGCUUGCAGAUCUGGGUCCCACGCACGGCGCUCCAGGCCGUGACCGUGGUAUUUGCUGGCGUGGGGUCGUCCGGGCUGGGGUUCCUGGUCAUGUCAUGGUGUGUGGAGCGGCGAGGGCCUGUGUUCACCACCGCCUUCAUGCCGCUAAUCCAGAUCGUCACCGCCGGGCUCGAUGUCAGCGUCCUCCAUGAGCAGCUCCACCUCGGGAGCGUUGUCGGGUCGGCGGUCGUGGUCAUGGGGCUCUACUUGGUCCUGUGGGGAAAGAGCAACGAGGCGAGCAUCGGAUCCAAACUCCCUGCGUGACUGCACCCAGACCUGCAGAGAUGCACGUAGCUUCGGUAGUGACUGCACCCAUGGUGUUUAAAAGCUGAAUCAUUUUUACUGGUGUUGGAGUAGUAGCUACGUACGGACCACGCAAUCAUGACCGUGAAUCGGCAUGGGACGGCAUUAAUUAAACGAUGAGCAUUUCAUUUCAAGUGUUUUCGCUUUUCAGCACAAUAUAUAUAAGUACAGUACCAUAAGAGCACACGCACACCAGUGAAGCUAGCUAGGUAUCGCAUAGCAUACAGAGAGACUAUAUUGAAAUAUAUUACCCGUCUUCUUUCAUCAAUUUAGACUUUUGAAUGAGUUGAUCGGUGCAAGCAUCCAGAGGGAUUCUCAUGAAACUUUACGUGACGAACACAUACCAUUGUACGGCUGAUCUAAUGUUGCACUGAACCUUGGGUCACUCCUUUCAAGAAUCGACACGCAAGCUUUUUCCUUAGCGCAAAAGAAAAGGCUUCAUUAAUUAUGGAACAGUGUUUUUUUGAAAGAUCCAGCAUCGCUGGCAUUUCAUUGAUAAUAGCAGGAAGCAGCGGAAAACAACAAGGUGGUGAAGGUUCUAGGAUCAGAUCCGAAGAUCAAAGAAAGAGAAAAGAAAAGAAAAGAAACAACAGCCCUAAUAGCUGCAGCACAACACUCCAUACAAUCCAUAUUAGGCAGCGCAACUCCUACUCCGACGAAGAACUACUAAGGAAACAGGCAGGGGUGGCGUCAUGGAGGAUCACUGAACGAGCCAUCUGUCACGCGUCAUCGUAUACCACCGGCCCCCACCGCGGCUUCGACUUCACAACAACAGGCGGUCGAGGCACACCCACGGACACGCCGGAGAAGAAGAGCCGACUACCACAACCAAAGCCACGCCUCCGACAUUGCUCACCGCCGUCAUCGUUGCCAUAGAAGCCACCGUGCACGUCCAGCCGUAGGAAGCACUAAUGGGAUCAAGGUCUUCAAGACGGCGCCCUAAAGAGGGGAAUGACGUUGAAGACGGCGCCACCGCCCGACCCUGCAGCAGGAUCUAGGCUUUCAUCCGAAGAACUUGAUCCGGGAGUAGAGGCUGUGAAAAUUCCCGACGACGCCUCCAAGGAGGAUAGCGACGCCCACGAGCGUUGUCGCCGCCGGCCGGCUAGCACCGGCCAGGCUAUUCGCCCGGGGCAGCCACUCCCACGCAGCCAGCCGAGGCCGACCCGUACCUCCACUGGACCGUGCACCCCCCACACAACGAGCGCGCCAACCCCGUGCAGGGCCACCAGCAAGCCUCCUCGUCGACGGGCCUGCAGGAAACUAGAUCUGGUCCUGCAUCCCGCGUCCAAACCACGGGCGAAGCCUUCCUGCUCCGGCAAUCGCCAACAGGCACCGCCAGCCGCCGGCAGAACCCCGCCCAGGCCGCCAUCGCACGGCUGACCUGCCAGAUCCAGGUUCCCCGCCGAACACCUCCCGCAGCCGCCCAACCAAGCAGCCACGACGCGCACACCACGGCGACCACCGUUGCCCAGCCGAGCCGCCGCGGUCACCCCGCGCGCCCGCGCCAGCGAAGCGGCCGCGACCACCACGCGCCAUGCCGCGCCAGAUCCCCGCGCUCGCGAACCGGCCGCGGCCAGCCCGCGCCGCCCCUCGCCAGAUCCGCGCACCCCGAAGCCCCGUGCGCCUCCGGGCGCGGCCUCGGCGGCCAGAAGCGCCACCCCGAGCGUGCGCCGCCGCUCGAGCUCCCCCCGACGCCAGCGGCCCGCGCCAGCCAGCCCCGGGCGGAGGAGGAAAAGAGCCCCGCCGGCGCCGAGCCGCGCGGGCUUCGCCGGGCGACCUCCGCUGGCGGCGGCGAGGGGAGGAGGGGAGGGUGGGUGGGGUGCUGGCGGCGGCUAGGGUUUGCUCCCGAGCCGCUCGCGGGAGCGACACGGUUGCUACUGCAUUUGUCUGAGUUGGUUCAACAUUUUCAUCUUUGUCGCCCAUUUGUGCUGAGUUGGUUCAACAUUUCACUAUUUGACUUUGUGGCUGUAGCCGGAAGAGGUUCAGUGUGACACAGGCAGAACAAUGGUGGCAGGGGCCUUCAGAGGAACAGACAGAUAUGCUAGUGCCCAUGCGCAUUUAGGAAGAACUGCAAGCAGGAGAGAUGACUUGGAAUCACUGGCUUAUAUUAUGGAACAAUGUUACAGUCAUUCUGGCAUA